ACAACAAAGGCUUUGGGCUAGGCAAGGAGGAGAAGGAGGAGGAGGGGGGGAAGGAGAGCAGAGGAAAGAAUCUAACUUGAGUGAAAUUUAAGCGGAUGAAGAAGACAAUACAUCAAUGCAGGCUAACGGUUUUAGUGUGUGUGAAAGAGUGUAAGGAAGAAAGAGCGAGAGAGGGAGAGUGAGUGAGUGUGGAAAUGCGACAAUAAAUUAGCUGUAAUCUGCACCUUGUUAUUUGCACCUGAAUCGAAAGUGGUUUAUAUAAAUACAUAUAUUUUUUUGCUAUAACAAUAAAUAACAACCAAGCGAGUAAUCAAAGUUAAUUUACCAACACACGAAAAAGUAAACGCAAAUUCUAUUUACGCAAAAUACUCAACAAGAGGGCAAAUAGAAAGAAGAGGAAGAGCAGGCGGAUAAGUAGGCAACACAAGAAUUAGAAGCAGCAGCCGCAGCAAGCAGCGCAAACAGGAUACUUAAAAUAUCAAGGCAAAUACAGGCACACGCACACACACAUACAUACUUACCCCGACGGAGGUUCAUAUUUUUGGCCAAAAAAAAAACCACCGCACGAAAUAAAUAUAAAAUAAACCCAACAACGGUGAGGUGUAUGGCCCAAAGGCAAGGCAAACAAACAGAGCCGAAAAAAGAAAAGGAAAGCCGAAACAGAAACUGAAACAGAAAGAUGCCAAAAUGCUGGACAGAGAUUGAUGCUGGCUGCCGACGAACAGCAACAACCACAUUAACGACAACAACAAGAACAACAAGACAACUGCAAUAACAAUAAUAAGGCCAGGAAAAACGACAAGCAACAACAACAGUGACAACCGCCAAAUGUGAGCAGACAAGCGAUAGCAAUUGAGAUAUAUUCUUUCCGCCAAAUCGCUUCGAUUAAGUCAUGAACGCACUCGAUAUGAAUAAACAAUUUCUGAGCGUCUCGCAGGACCAUCAGCAUCAGACGACCUCGGUGGCAGACCAGCGGAGUCGCUCAAGAUCGGAGCGUGCCUCGAGCCUGGCCCUGCCCCUCAACUCCCUGCUGGACUUCUACGACAAGCAACAGGAGCAGUGCAAGUCGGUCACCCUGCUGCCAUUGCCCAGCAACAGCAACAUCGACAACAUCUGCAACAGCAGCAACAGCAACAUCGUGCGGCGACACUCCUCCCACUACUAUCCCAUGCUCGAGGACAAGCAGAAGCCGUCGCAGCUGCCCCAGGCAGCCACCGAAAUGCUUGUAAACAUGACGGAGCAGAAAUAUGGCCAGUCAGCGCACCAGGGGGCCAUGGCCAUCGGAGGAGGAGGAGGAGGCAGGCAGUUCCACCAGCAGCAGCAGCAGCACUUGGUGCGGGUGGACACCCCAGUGACGCCUCCGCCGCCCAUUCCGCGUCGUCUGCUGCGCGGCAAGUCCGCCUGGCAGGCGUCAACGCCCCACCCACUUCCUAAUCCACUGCCCCUGCCCCUUUCGGCUGGCGGACAGGAAGGCGCCCACGGCACGGGCACGGUGUUUGUCUAUCCGCAGCCAACAAACGUGACCGCAGAGGCAGUGGCUCGGGGAUCAGGCGACGCAGGAGGAGGAGGAGUGGCCGGGCUGCAAUCAGCGCUGCUUGUUGACAUAGCCACACGUCCUGCGACCGGAUGCGGAUAUGCGGAUGCCGAUGGGAUUUCCGACGACGACCGCAUGAGUCUGGAGAACUCGGUGUUCGACGAGUCGCUAACCUCCACGCCCGUCAAGGUCGCCGGCUAUCUGGCCGGUCGCUACUCGGGCAUGGGCCACAUGGCCAAGCGGGCGCAGCGCUCCUCCAGCAGCACCGUGGACUCGGCCUACGGCUCAUCGCUGGGCGGGCACAGCGAGCGCUUCGCCAGCAGCUCGACCAGCGUGGACUUUCGCAGUCGCUUCUCCUCGGUGGACACGCAGUCCUCGCUGGACGAGAAGAACCUGUCCAGCUCGAUUGACUCACCUUUGGCCAGAGAUACCAGGGAUGCGUACAGGGAGCGAACAACCGUUCUCAACGAUGCCAUGCACAAGCUGAACAACAACAAUACCAGCCUGGGAUUGGCCCUCUAUCCGGCCAGUAAUAAUAACAACGGAGGAUUAUCCGAUGGCUCCAAGUUGCCAGCGGUUCCUGCCCGCAAGCAACCGCCUCCGUUGAAAAGCAGCGGCAACAGCAACAACUCGAUGGGCGAUGGCCAGAGCUCUCAGAGCUCCAAGGAACCCAGCAGCGUCUCGGCUUCGGCCUCCACUUCGUCCGCCGCCUCGGCAGGAUCCAGCACGAUUUCCAGUGGCACCAUGUCCUCCCUGUCCGGGCCAUGCCCACCCAACGAGUCGAAUACCAAACGUCCAGGGCCUCCGGAGCCACCGUUGCGUCAGGCCAAUGUCUUUGAGCAGGGGGAGAUGGGCUCGCGGGGUCAUCCGCCGCCUCCGCUGACCGUAAGGAAUAAACUGGGUCGCAACAACAAGCCGCCGCCCAUCACCUAUCCAAGGAUGCAGCAGCGCCAGGACUCCACGCUGUCCAGCGACAGCUACUCGAUCAGCUCCAGUCCGGGCUACAAUUCCAAGCUGAUGGAGGCUCCGCUGCUGGGCUCGGGACGCAAGUCCAAUGCUCCUGGUUCGGCACAGCGACAGACGCCCCUCAUGGAUUUGGCACCAACGCGAUUUUUAAGCGGAGGUAGUGGAAGUGGCAAGCAGGCGCCAGCAGUGCCGCCGCCAAGGGGCAAGAUCAACUUCAGGCAGGACUCGACCAUCUCGAGCGACAGCUUCAGCCAGACCUCGAGUCCGGGCUACAAUCCCAAGCUCAUGGAGGCACCGCUGCUGCCCUCGUUGUCCGCCAAGCGAUUGUGCAGUGCCCCAGCUCCAAUUGUGUGCCGCCAGGGAGUGCAGCACGAGCCCAUUGAGGAGCUGGAGCCGCCGCAGACGAUCUCGCCGCUCCACAAGACGGCUGGCCAGCCCAGCAGUCUGCAGACCAUCGUGCGCUUCCAGAAUGGAGCACCGCACACCAUGUCCUUGCAGCAUCAGAUCAUCAACCGACGGAAGAGCUCCAAUCCGUACAUCACCAACGGCCGCUUGAAGUUCCGCCUGUUCCAGAUCCUGAUCAACGCCUUCGCCCUGCUGGCUAUCGCCGGCGGACUGGCUGCCUAUUUCAAUGCCUAUCCGACCAUUAAGUUUGUGAACAAGACCAUCAUCAAUACGAUCCAUGUGGAGGACACCACGAGUUUCGGCAAGAAUCCAGCCCCGGGCACUUGCCUGCCCAUCAUUGUGCGGUUCUGCCAGGGUCCCCAGAUCCCCUACAACUACACCGUGUUUCCCAAUUAUAUCGGUCACUUUGGGCAGCUGGAGACGCAAACGGAUUUGGAUUCCUAUGAGGCGCUGGUCGAUGUGAGAUGUUACGAGCUGGUGUCCCUGUUUCUCUGCACGCUUUUUGUGCCCAAGUGCGGACAAAGCGGCGCCACUGUGCCACCUUGUAAGACCCUCUGCACGGAGACGAUGCGUCGCUGCGGGUUCUUUUUUGACGUUUUUGGUCUGAGUCUACCCGAGUACCUGAACUGCAAGCUCUUCAAGGACUUUCCCAGUCCCGAGGAUUGCGUGGGCGUGGAUGAGGUGCGCGAGGUGAUGAAAGCAGCCACGCAUCCCAAGUGCGAUGGCUUUCAGUGCGACCAGAACCGCUGCCUGCCGCAGGAGUACGUGUGCGAUGGCCACCUGGACUGCAUGGACCAGGCGGACGAGGCCAGGUGCGAACGGUGCGGUCCGGAGGAGAUCUACUGCGGUGACAGCCAGUGCAUCGGCACCAAGCACAUAUGCGAUGGGAUAAUCGACUGCCCUUACGGUCAGGAUGAGCGCAAUUGCUUAAGACUAAGUGAACGAAACGGCGAUGUGGGCACCGGUGUUCUGGAGGUCUAUCGCAUCGGUCAUCAGUGGAUGCCCGCUUGUGUGAAGAACUGGGAUCGAGCAGUCUCGCCCAGCGCCGUCUGCUCCAUUUUGGGCUAUUCGGCCGUGAAUGCCACCAGUGUCCUGACCCUACGUACUCAACGUCCGCUUCUCGCUUCGGUAAAUGUGUCCACCGACAUUUGGAAGAUGUACGCCAAAAGGAAGUCCACCUUGAUGCAAGAGUUCGCCAACUGCAAGAAGACGGAGGAUUAUCCGAUAGCCGAGCUCACGUGCUCUAAUUAUGAGUGCGGCCGAGUAAAGCGGGGCAGGCACAAGCCAUCGAGACGCAUCAUAGGAGGAACCCAAGCUAGUCCCGGAAAUUGGCCCUUCUUGGCCGCCAUUUUGGGUGGUCCCGAGAAGAUCUUCUACUGCGCCGGCGUCCUGAUAUCGGAUCAAUGGGUGCUUACAGCCUCGCACUGCGUGGGAAACUACAGCGUGAUCGACUUGGAGGACUGGACCAUUCAGCUGGGCGUAACGCGUCGCAACUCCUUCACCUACUCGGGUCAGAAGGUCAAGGUCAAGGCUGUCAUUCCCCAUCCGCAGUACAACAUGGCCAUUGCCCAUGACAAUGACAUAGCCCUCUUUCAGCUCUCGACUCGCGUUGCCUUCCAUGAGCAUCUUUUACCCGUUUGUUUGCCGCCGCCGAGCGUGAGGAAUCUGCAUCCUGGCACCCUGUGCACCGUCAUCGGUUGGGGCAAGCGGGAGGACAAGGAUCCCAAGUCUACAUACGAGUUCAUAGUGAACGAGGUGCAAGUACCGAUCAUUACGCGAAAUCAGUGCGACGAGUGGCUGGACAACUUGACCGUGUCCGAGGGAAUGGUGUGUGCCGGAUUCGAUGACGGCGGCAAGGAUGCCUGCCAGGGCGACUCGGGUGGUCCGCUGCUGUGUCCGUAUCCGGGUGAGAAGGAUCGCUGGUUUGUGGGCGGCAUCGUUUCCUGGGGCAUCAUGUGCGCCCAUCCCCGUUUGCCCGGUGUCUAUGCUAAUGUGGUGCAGUAUGUGCCCUGGAUUCAGGAGCAGAUCGCCAAGCAUGCGCGGCCCAUCAACGAGGAUCGGGUGAACAAGUACGACCUGCAUCCCGGUGGUCCCGACAUCCUGUCCAAAAUAGCCACUGAUCCGAUGCACGAGGGCAAGGCCCACCACUUUACCCAUGCCAGGACAGCGUCCAAAAACUAAUACUGAAACCGGAGCAUAUCCAUGAAACGAUUGCACAAAGUACUAAAAUAGAACAGAAACUAACACAGAACCGAUGAAUCCUGCGGGAUGCAUACAUAUAUUUUGCUACUGAACUUAGGGUUUUGGCCAUCCGGCUAACACCGAUUUGGGCAACAUAAUCAUGUGUCAAUUUGCCGAAUUUAUUUGUCAAUUUUUUUACAAAGAGAUUUUUAUGAACCUAAAAUCCAAGGAAGUAAAUAACCCAGACAAGCGGAAAAAAAUUAACCCAAAAUGGGUGCAACUCUUUGUCAAUGUAUAUGCGAUUUAUAUAUUUACAAGUAAAACGAAGAUAACCGUCAUGUACCCGAAUAUCUAACCAAUUGAUAAUUGUGUCUAAAUACCCCGAAACCCGGACAAUAAUUCGAUUUUGUAGCUGAAGUUUUGUGUUGAAAAAUUCCGGUCAAAAUGAAACUUGUAUUAUCAUAGGUAUUACUUCACAAGAAACUAAAUUACGAUUAACGAAGAAGGAAUUCAGAUAAAUAUUAUGAAGUAUAAAUAGUAGAACCACAACUAUUGAGUGUUGACAAAAUAAAACAGGAAAUAAGCAAAUCAAUUUUAGGAAAUGUGUAACUAUGUAUAUCUAAGCCACAGAAAAUCAAGGAAAAUUUGCUGAUCUUUGGCAUUUGAUGGACGUAGCCGUAAGCUUCUCUCCCAAUAUGCUGUCUUACAACCAUGAAACUAUCGAACAAUAAGAAAGUGCAGUUGACAAUAAUGAGAAAUGCACAAUAAGCAAAUAAUUGCAUCUAGCUGUAAGUCAUGAAAAUAAUAUGUAACUACAAUGCGUGGGUUUCAGCUUUAAAGAACACAAAAAGAAUGGUAUAAUAUCAAAUGGCGGAAGUCAGAAGGGAUUCGAAGGAGUAUACUUAUACACAUAGCAUACGAAAAUAUCGUGCUACUUAUGCGGUGAACUACAGAAGGUAUACACGCUUCGAUAGUGGAUAUGUCAAUGUAAUUUAAUAUUUAGAACUAUUUACACGCCAACGCAACUCGUUUGUCACGCCCCACUUAGACUGGCCGCUUUAGUCGAAGCUCA